AUGAACAAUGUUUUUGUUGUGCCUAUCGCUCUUAAAAUAGUUCGACUUGGUUUCAAGGAUAUAUCAAUACGUUGCCAAUCAUCAAAACAAAAUUUGUCUUCAUACUAUGACACAUUGAACCUGAAACCAGGAUGUACAAAAAAAGAAAUACGUAACUCAUUUAUUAAAUUAUCUAAAUUGAACCAUCCAGAUGUCUGUGGUCCUUCUUCUAAUAAUAGAUUUGUACGUAUAAAUGAAGCAUAUAAUGUAUUAAUAGAUGAAAAUAAGAAAAAGUUAUAUGAUGAAACAUUGGUAUACACUAAGAAUAGUAAUCCAAUCUAUUAUCAUUACCGGGAACGUCAAAAUAGUGAAAAUUGGAAAGAUGUAUACAAUAAUCCAAAAAACCAUUGGCUAGCAUCAAAUAUUGCUAUUGCAGGUGUCUGUCUUUCUAUACUAGUUGUUGGAUCCAAUAUUCGAUAUAAGGGUAUGAAAAAAUCUGCCUCAAUGCGAAGUUUAUUGAUGGAUGAAUCUGAUGAACGUUUGUCCUUUUUAGAAGAACAAAAAUUAAUGAAAAUUGAUAAAACCAAUGAUGAGCUUAUAAAACUGUUUGAACAAAAUAUUGCAAAAGAAUAUGGUCGUGUCGUAAAAAAAUAA